GAAGCACUCUCUAUAAACCACCGCAACCAUGUCUCGAACAUCUUAUGAUAGAUAUCUCACUGUUUUCUCUCCGGAAGGGCGAUUAUAUCAAGUCGAAUAUGCGUUCAAAGCCAUAAGUGGCUCGGGUCAAACUGCAGUAGCUGUUCGAGGAAGGGACACAUCCGUCGUCAUCACACAGCGCAAAGUCCCGGACAAACUCCUAGAUGCUUCAACCGUUACCCAUUUAUUUAGCAUAACGCCAACAAUUGGAUGUGUGAUGACUGGUCUAAUUGCCGACGCCAGACAACAGGUCGCUAGAGCGCGCAGCGAGGCCUCAGACCACAGAUACAAGUUUGGCUGCGAAAUUUCUCCAGAUCAGCUUGCUAGGCGCAUAGCAAACAUCAACCAAGUCUAUACCCAACGAGCAGGAAUGCGACCAUUUGGAAUUUCCAUGAUAUUCAUCGGAAGCGAUCCUGAGUAUGGCCCGCAAUGUUUCAAGCUCGACCCGUCCGGAUACUUUGUCGGCUUCCACGCAACAUCAGCGGGACAAAAACAACAAGAAGCCAUGAAUCACUUAGAAAAGAAGUGGAAGAAGUUAGACAACGGACGAGGUGCCGACGACCCUGUAAAGGCUGGAAAGGCUCUUUCCCGUGCAGACGUGAUCGAGAUGGCAAUCGAGGCCAUGUCGACGGUACAUGGCGUGGACUACAAACCCGCAGAAAUCGAGAUUGGGAUCGUGUCGACGGCACCUGAAGAGGAUGAGAAAACUAAGGGCCUGUGGCGGACCAUGGGCGAGGCUGAGACUGAAAGAUAUCUGCUGGCAUAUGCAGAAAAGGAUUAG